AUGAGUAUUCGACGGUCGACGAUUAGGUUAUUUUCUACGACUGUUCGUAGGUUACAGCAUGAGACUCCAGCGGACUGGAAACCCAUUAAGAAACGUCCGAGAUAUACCCCAUCCAAGGAGUCUUUAGCAUAUGUCGAAGCCAUCCUCGAGAAGCCGACAUGGUCAAUAACAGAACUCCUACCACCCAGUCAUCCAAAAAGUACUUCAAACACUCCUCCUCCAGAUCCAAAAGACCUGAUCACUCCUGAAAAACUCAAACAUCUCUUAAGACUCUCUGCACUUCCUAUGCCGAAGGAUCAACAGGAGGAAGACGAAAUGAUCAAAGAUUUGAAUGAUCAGCUCUACUUUGUGAAUAAGAUUAAGGAGGUGGAUGUCACGGGUGUGGAGCCGUUGGUGGCUAUUAGGGAUGAGAGCGAGGAGAGGGGUAUCACUUUAGAGGAUGUUUUACAGGCGGAGAAGGAAGCGGAGGCGUUUGGACCUAUGGGAAGAGAGGAAUGGGACCCUUUGAAGCAGGUGAAGAAUAAACUUGGAAGAUACAUUGUGGUUGAAGGAGAGAUGGGUGAAGGACCUGCUGUGGAUGAUGAACUUGUGGUCAGUGCUGGGGAGGUCAAGAAGGUGAAUUCUCUGGGUACUGUCGAGACUACUGGCACGGAGACAAGGUGA